AUGAAAGAUCAGUUUACAGGCACCAUCUUGCAAAGCGAGGCACUUGCCAAGUACAUAUUGGAAACAAGCGCUUAUCCAAGAGAGCAUGAGCAACUCAAGAAAAUAAGGAAGGCCACCGUCGACAAGUAUCAAUAUUGGAGCUUGAUGAACGUGACGGCGGAUGAGGGCCAAUUUCUUUCAAUGUUGCUGAAAAUUAUGAAUGCCAAGAAAACAAUUGAGGUUGGGGUUUUCACUGGCUACUCCCUUCUAUCAACUGCUCUUGCUCUACCUCAUGAUGGCAAAAUAAUAGCUAUUGAUCCGGAUAGAGAAGCAUUCGAGACUGGACUGCCGUUUAUCCAAGAAGCAAACGUUGCACACAAAAUCCAGUAUAUCCAAUCCAACGCCAUGAAAGGAGAAGAAGGAACGUUCGAUUUUGCAUUUGUGGAUGCUGACAAGGAAAAUUACAUAAACUAUCACGAGAAGCUUAUGAAGCUUGUUAAGGUUGGGGGAAUUAUUGCCUACGACAACACCCUGUGGUCGGGGACUGUGGUGGCUUCCGAAGAUGCCGAGAUGGAAGAUUUCUUGAGGGGGUGUAGAGGACACAUUAUGGAGUUGAACACUUUCUUGGCUAAAGAUGCUCGGAUUGAAUUGGCUCAACUUUCCAUUGGGGAUGGAGUUACACUUUGCAAGCGUCUCAAAUAG